AUGCGUCUGCCUGUGGGUGCGCUUCCUCAACUCGGGUUUGUGUGUGUUGCUGCGGGUAAUCCAGCUAUCUGUGUCAACGGUCUGUCUACGGAUGGAGGUGCAGUGGCGUGGUGCCUAGCUCAUCAGCGGUGCGGCAGCCCUGGGCUACUCUUGUCUCCCAGUGCUACUACUACUGUGGUUGAGUGGGUGCGAGGCCAUGGCCUCCGUGGCGUAUUUACCAGAUUGACCAGUCCUGUUUAUAGCGUGUGGGUCAGCAAAGCUAAUACAUGCCACGAAGCCCUGACCCCGGGCUCCCUCGGGGAAUGGGUGCACUUAUUAGAACAGAAGCCAACCAGUCUCCGCGUGCAUUCCCUCCUUCGGGAGGUGUGUGCGCGGGCUGCAGCACUUCUGGUGACUCUGGAUAAUUGUUACAGAUCGCAGUCGGCUUUACGUCGGCGACGGGUCCUUCAAAUGUCUGCCCUAUCAACUUUCGAUGGUGACCUGCCUACCAUGGUGAUAACGGGUAACGGGGAAUCAGGGUUCGAUUCCGGAGAGGGAGCCUGA